AUGGCUAACCUCCGAAAAUCCCACCCCCUACUUAAAAUUGCCAACGACGCGGUCGUAGACCUGCCAGCCCCCGCUAACAUCUCAAUUUGAUGAAACUUCGGCUCGCUUCUAGGACUAUGCUUAAUUGCCCAACUACUUACGGGCCUAUUUCUUGCAAUACACUACACUUCCGACAUUACAACAGCGUUCUCAUCAGUCGCCCACAUCUGCCGAGAUGUAAAUUACGGCUGACUAAUUCGAAAUAUGCACGCCAACGGCGCAUCAUUUUUCUUCAUCUGCAUCUACCUCCAUAUCGGCCGCGGGCUGUACUACGGCUCGUACCUUUACAAAGAGACCUGAAAUAUCGGUGUGAUCCUUCUCUUGCUUGUAAUGAUAACAGCCUUCGUCGGCUACGUCUUACCCUGAGGACAAAUGUCCUUCUGGGGCGCCACCGUUAUUACCAAUCUACUCUCAGCAUUUCCUUACAUUGGUGACACCCUAGUCCAAUGAAUCUGAGGCGGCUUCUCAAUCGACAACGCUACCCUAACCCGAUUCUUUGCCUUCCACUUUCUAUUUCCAUUCGUUAUUGCAGCCGUCACAAUAGUUCAUCUUAUUUUCCUUCACGAGACCGGCUCUAACAACCCCACAGGCCUAAACUCGGACGCAGACAAAAUCUCCUUCCACCCUUACUUCUCGUACAAAGACCUCUUAGGUUUUGCAGCCCUGCUGAUCGCGCUAGUCUCUCUUGCUCUAUUUUCACCCAAUUUGCUAGGCGACCCUGACAACUUUACCCCGGCUAACCCCUUAGUGACCCCUGCACAUAUUAAACCAGAGUGAUAUUUCCUGUUUGCUUACGCUAUCCUUCGUUCAAUUCCAAAUAAACUAGGAGGGGUACUGGCCUUGCUUUUCUCUAUUCUAGUAUUAAUGCUUGUUCCCAUCCUUCAUACGUCCAAACAACGAAGUCUAACAUUUCGUCCACUAACCCAGUUCCUAUUUUGAGUCCUUAUCGCGGACGUCCUUAUUUUGACCUGAAUCGGCGGAAUACCAGUAGAACACCCCUUUAUUAUUAUCGGCCAAGUCGCCUCUUUCCUCUACUUUUUUAUCUUCUUAAUCCUCAGCCCAGUUGCCGCACUUGUAGAAAAUAAAAUGCUCGAAUGACAAU